CCAACCAAACUUCCGGUCUUCUCUUCUCCACUACCCACCCGCCUGCCCGCCCGCCUUCUCCUCCACCACUGCCCCGCCGCUAACCAACCACUCGUGCGCCACAAGUCUCCCGUCGUGGAAUAGGGCAAAGGCCAGGCAUCUCGCUUCUGUCCUCUGUCGAGGGGAUCGGACCCGAUCGGAGAAAGAAUGGGCUCGGAGGCGGACUGCGACAGGAUCAGGGGCCCGUGGAGCCCCGAGGAGGACGACGCGCUGCGGCGGCUCGUGGAGCGGCACGGCGCGCGCAACUGGACGGCGAUCGGGCGCGAGAUCCCGGGGCGGUCGGGCAAGUCGUGCCGCCUGCGGUGGUGCAACCAGCUGUCGCCGCAGGUGGAGCGCCGGCCCUUCACGGCGGAGGAGGACGCGGCCAUCGUCCGCGCCCACGCCCGCCUCGGCAACCGCUGGGCCGCCAUCGCGCGCCUCCUCCCCGGCCGCACCGACAACGCCGUCAAGAACCACUGGAACUGCUCGCUCAAGCGCAAGCUCGCCGCCGCGUCCGCCCCGGCGGGUUCCUCCGACGUCGAGGCGCGCCCGACCAAGCGCGUCAGCCUCUCGCCCGACAGCCCGUCGGGGUCGGGGUCGGGGUCAGGGUCAGGGUCCGGGUCCGGGUCCGGGUCCGACCGUAGCGACCUGAGCCACGGCGCCGGCCAGGUUUACCGCCCAGUGGCGCGGUCCGGCGGGUUCGAGCCGGCGGACUGCGCGAUGAGCCGUCCGCUGGAGGAAGAGGAGGAGGAAAAGGAGGACCCGCUCACCUCCCUCAGCCUCUCGCUUCCAGGCACGGACCAGCGGUUCCACCACGACCGCGCCCACAGCCAGUUCCAGGAGCUCCCGGCGUCGCCGCCCUCGCCCUCCCCGCCUCCGCCGCCGGUUCUCUCGGCGUACCCGUUCAGCCCCGUGUUCAUGGAGGCGAUGCAGGAGCUGAUCCGCACGGAGGUGCAGCGGUACAUGGCGAGCGUGGGCGUGCGCGCCGGGUGCGGCGCCGCCGGCGGGGCCGACCUCUGCAUGCCGCAACUGGUCGACGGCGUCAUGCGCGCCGCCGCCGAGCGGGUCGGCCGGAUGCAGUAGCAGUAGCUCCUGCCAUCAAAUGCUCCCGAACCGUCAAUCGAUCUUCUAGGACGAACGCGCAGCAGCUGUUGUUAUCAGUAGCAAACUUCCAAGUUAUUAUUUUCCUUUUUUUAAAACUUUAUUCUCUCGAACCGCUGUGAAACCGAAACAGCAGUGAAAAGAGUCAGCAACUGAAAAAAAAAAUAUGU